AUGGAGGAAGAGGCGGCCGUCGGGGGCGUUGCCGGUCCCUCUCAAGGCGGACUACGACGACGUAUUGGUCGGGGUAAACGAACCACGGGCAUCGUCGGCGAGGCUAGCUGGGCCAGCAGUGUGAUCAAUUUGGUCAACACAAUCAUUGGAGCCGGUGUUUUGGCGAUGCCACUCGCUAUAUCGCAUUUCGGAAUCGUGCUGGGCAUAUUCGUUAUCCUGUGGUCGGCUGUAACUGCAGGUUUCGGCCUCUACCUUCAAUCUCGAUGCGCGCAAUACCUGGAUCGAGGCAGCGCUUCGUUCUUUGCGCUUUCGCAACUGACCUAUCCAAACGCCGCCGUGGUUUUUGAUGCCGCUAUCGCAAUCAAGUGUUUUGGUGUCGGAGUGAGUUAUCUCAUCAUUAUCGGUGACCUCAUGCCAGGAGUGGUUCAAGGAUUCGUGGGCGGCGACCCAUCCUACGACUUCCUGGUAGAUCGCCAUUUCUGGGUGACUGCCUUCAUGUUAAUUGUAAUCCCUCUUUCCUACCUGCGCCGAUUGGACUCUUUGAAGUACACCAGCAUUGCCGCCCUUGUAUCAAUGGCCUACCUCGUUGUUCUGGUUGUCUAUCAUUUUAUCAAGGGUGACACAAUAGCUGAUCGGGGUCCAAUCCGUGUGGGCCAUUGGGCAGGCCCCAUUCCUACUUUGAGCAGUCUGCCUGUGAUCAUCUUUGCCUUCACAUGUCACCAAAAUAUGUUUUCCAUUCUUAACGAAAUCGCCAACAACAGCCACUUCCGCACGACUAGUGUUGUCGUCGCUAGCGCUGGCAGUGCUGCUGCCACCUACAUCCUCGUCGCCAUCACAGGUUAUCUUUCCUUUGGCAACAACGUCGGAGGCAACAUCGUUGGCAUGUACCCCCCAGGUGUUUACGCCACCAUCGGACGAGCAGCGAUUGUCAUGCUGGUCAUCUUCUCCUACCCAUUGCAAUGCCAUCCUUGCCGAGCCUCAGUUGAUGCCGUGCUGAAGUGGCGACCCAAUCCCAAAUCCACUCGUGCUGAAGGCUCGCCUCAUCGGCACCCACUGUUGGGACCUCGCGGAACCCGUACACCAGAACCGAUGAGUGACCUCCGCUUCUCGGUCAUCACCACUACGAUCCUCAUCCUCAGCUACCUCGUUGCUAUGACAGUGUCGUCCCUUGAAGCUGUCCUGGCCUAUGUUGGUAGCACUGGUAGCACGAGUAUCAGCUUUAUCUUGCCGGGGUUGUUCUAUUACAAGAUCUCGGCACCCGAUUCACCGGCUCACCGUGGUCUCCUGAAGGAAGAUGACGAGGCUGCGGAUGAUAUGUCUGACGAAGAUGACGAUGUCGACGAUGAUGGGGAGGGCUCUUUGGCUAGAUCCUUGACAGAGAGUGGCAUACUUCGUCGCCAUACCCGCCAUUGGCGCAAAUCUUUGCUCCGUCGACUAAGCUUGGCCCUUGCCGGGUAUGGUGUUGUGGUUAUGGUCGUGUGUUUGAUUACCAACACAUUCUUUAUUGCCUCUCACUGA